CUCAGUCAGUAAAUCUGAAAGUGACCGGUACUUUGGACAUUGAGAGGCGGGUUCAAGGUCGUUUCAGGACGGAUCUCACCGUGCAUCAUGACACAAGGUAUUAAUCCUCGGGCAUACCCACUGGCAGGACCAGAAUUGACGAAUAAAAUAAUCGAGCUUGUUAAGCAGGCCAGCUCUUACAAACAAUUAAAGAAGGGUGCAAAUGAAGCCACAAAGGCUCUCAACAGAGGGAAAGCCGAAUUUAUUGUGAUGGCAGCCGACAUUGAUCCACUAGAAAUUGUAUUACACUUGCCACUGUUAUGCGAAGAUAAGAAUGUGCCAUACGUCUUUAUUCCAUCACAAAUGGCCCUGGGUCGAGCUUGCGGAGUUUCUAGGUCUGUGGCAGCUGUCGCCGUUACAGAUAGUGAAGGUUCACAGCUCAAACCUCUCGUUGUUUCUAUUCAGCAGAGCAUCGAAAAGCUUCUUAUUUAAUAAAUAUAUACUUGUAAUUAAAAAUGGCUUCUAAGUUCUUGUAUAGAUCAGUUUCCUGAAUGUAGAAAAGACAUUUUCCUAAUCGUGAACUGUUUGCUAUUUGCAAUAUUAUACCUUAACCGACUCUUAGCUCUUACAAUAUUUAUUGACUUCGUUAUGACUAGUCUCUAUUAAAACCGUUUCUUGGAGUGC